AUGGACAGAAAACAAUGUGUGAGUCUGUCGGUCCAGCCGUCCAGAGGACUAAUAGAUCAGAAGUUCAUUGUCCUGGUCCAGAAUCUCUUACCUGGUUUCAAGUUGACUGUCCACGCCUUUCACCAGUGUGAACAAGGAAACAAGUGGGAGGCGUACGGUCACUACACUGCUGAUGCCACUGGGACUGUGAACGUUUCAGAGGAUCCCUGUCUGGGUGGGACAUAUUCAGGGGUUGAACCGAUGGGUCUAUUGUGGAGCCUCAUACCAGUUCCAGGCAGCAAACCUGGACAAAUGAUCAGGAGGUUGAAUGCCCAGACUCCCAUGGAGGUCACAAUCUCAGUGUACCAGGGUCACCAGACUGAGGGGUUUGGGGAUCAAGUGUUGCUGGCCUCUGUGUUGGUGGAGCGCUGGUACAUGGCGCCUGGCAUCCGCAGGAUCCCAAUCACAGAGGGUGGACUCACUGCAACUCUUUUCCUGCCCCCAGGACCUGGACCUUUUCCUGGCAUCCUGGACGUGUGGGGGUUUACAGCUGGGUUGCGACUAGAGUUCCGUUCAGCGAUGUUGGCUUCUCAUGGCUUCGCCUCUAUGACUGUUGAAUACCUGCCGCCUCUAUUAAUCAAGGAAUCUGGGAAGAUCGUGGACAUUGAUUUUGAUCACUUUGAGACGGCCUACAGAGUCCUGCAGCAGCAUCCUCAGGUCCAAGGCAGCAGUAUCGCCAUGCUUGGCUUCUGCGUAGGCAACAGUGUCGUCUUGAGAUUGGCUGCGUACUCCCAAAUUGUGAAGCUCAGGUGUGUGGUGUGUAUCAACGGGACUCAUGUGCAACAAGUGGAUGAAUCAUUGGACACAUAUUUGAGAUUGUUGGAGAUAGAAUUUAAUAAGAGAACAUUCAAUGAGGACAAGAAGAUGAUAAUGCGAACUAUGUUACUGCCCAUCCCCACUGACCCCUCACUCAAGGUGGACGUGGGACGACUCCAGUGUCCUCUGUUGCUAGUUGUAGGUGAAGACGAUCAGGUUUGCCCUGCCCAGGAGUCUGCAAUGGACAUGAAGGAGAUGAUGGAGCGAGCGGGUAACAGUCACCUGCUGAAAGUCCUGAAGUACCCAAACACCGGUCACAUGAUCACCAUUCCAUAUUUACCUCACACUCCAUUCACUCUAUUCCUUUCUUUUGCAGCAAGAGCCAAAGAAUUGGCUCUGAUGGGUGGAGAGAUGGUGGCACAUUGUCACGCUCAGGAAGACGCCUGGAGAAAGAUACUGUUAUUUCUGAGGAAGAAUCUGUAUGGUGACACUCACCCAGGUCCAACCCUAUUGUCAGGCCUAUAA